AUGGAUGAAAGUAACCAUGAUAUGGUUAACAUGUUAACACAACAAAUAGGAACUGUCAUUAACCCCUUAAUUCAAAAUACAAAUGACAGUUACCAAAUGUUAACAAAUCAAAUAAGUCGAAUUGCUGACUUUUUUGGGGCACCACCCAUACAGCAACCACCAAUUCGACAGAUCCAAAUACAGGCGCCUGUCCAAGAGAUACAGAUGCCUAACAACCCAGGGAUGCAAAUGGCUCAAGCACCACAACCAGUGGCACGCAUAGAGCCACCAGCCCAACAGGUCGAACCAAACCCUGGUAUAGUAUUGGUAAAUAGAAACCAAAAUGCUGAUGAAGUAAUAGGGAAUGUUCAACAAAACCGUUUCGAUAGGCAGAAUAACCUGGCCCAAAUGGUCGAAACAAUUCUAGUACAGAAUGGUUUGAACUUGGGCUUACACAGGCCCAAUUUUGUGUCUCCAUUAUCUGAAUAUGUGUUACAGACAGAAUUACCAAGGGGUGUGAAAAUCCCUAAGUUUACUAAGUUUGCAGGAGAGACAAAUGAGUCCACUAUCGAACACGUUGCUAGAUAUUUGGUUGAGGCAGGGGACUUGGCUAAUAAUGAAAAUUUAAGAAUGAAAUAUUUCCCUAAUUCCUUAACUAAAAAUGCUUUCACAUGGUUUACAACCCUUCCUCCUCAUUCCAUACAUAAUUGGAACCAAUUGGAGAGGAUUUUCCAUGAGCAAUUCUAUAUGGGACAGUCUAAGAUAAGCCUUAAAGAGUUAGCCAGCGUUCGACGUAAGGCACCUGAAUCAAUUGAUGAUUAUUUGAACAGAUUCAGACUCUUAAAGGCAAGGGAUAUGGCUCAAUUGGCUGAUAGAGUUCGACAACUCGAACGAUUGAAGGCUGAAAAGGCUAGAAAUUCUAAGUUCCACAAGAAGGAAAAGGUUGCAUAUGUCGAAACCAAUGACAGUGACCAGGAGUUCGAUAUUAUUUAUGAAGAUAUCGAAGACAAUGAGGUUGAUUUAGCAGAAUUAAAACCUGGACCUCCUUAUGUUUGUAAACUCCUUAGACCUUCCAAUGGAAAAAACCCUGUUGAACCUAAAAAUGAUAAAUUUGUGUCUAAAACUUAUACAUUUGACAUAACUAAAUGUGAUGAAAUAUUUGAUUUAUUAGUCACAGAUGGCCAAAUUGUUGUUCCUAAGGGCUUGAAAGUACCCCCAAUCGAACAACAGAAGAAAAGGGGUUAUUGUAAAUUUCAUAAUUUCCUUGGCCAUAAAACCUCACGUUGUGUUCUUUUCAGGGAUUUGGUUCAAAAGGCUCUCAACGAAGGGAGGCUCAAAUUUGGUGAGAAACCAAAGGUUGCCCAGGCAAAUGCUGAAACAUCCAAAGCUGCUGAAACUCUCUAUGCAGAGCCCCAAGAAAUAAUGAUGGUCGAAGCAAUGGAGUUGUCUCAGGUGCAAGUUCAGGGCAUAUCUGAAGAGGAUUACAACGAACAAAUGAAGGUUGUGUAUCCUCAGGCUGAGGAGGAUCUAAUUGAUUUCUUGAACAGAUGCAAACUCGAAAGCAAGAGUGUGAUGCUCUGCCCUCGCUGCAGUGCAGUAUGUGAUAGGGAGGCUACUGAGGGCCUCAAAAAAUACUAA